AUGUCCGUGGAGCGCCUCAUCGCCCGUUCACUCCAACCCGCGCCGCCCACUCUGCCUCACCUCUCCAGCGGUCCGGCCGCAGAUGUCUCCUCCCUGAGCACAAAGUGGACGCACGUGGGGCGGCCACUGGUGAAGGAGACCGCGCGCGAGCCCGCGGCGCCCUCACCUCCUCGCCUCUCCGGCCACACCGGUCUCAUUCCUAAGCAUGAAUUGGGUGCAGGCAGGGCGGCCGCCGGCGUGCGAGUCCGCGGCGCGGUGGUGGAGCCCUCCGGCCCCUUCCGGUUCGAGGUCCGCAAAGGUCUCCUCCCUGGCGUUGUUGGCCUUAUCUGA